AUGAAACCAUUGAGGAAGGAGCAUAGACCACGGGCGAAUAACGAGCUCGGGUACAGUCAGCCUCUACAUCUGGCCGGUUACAAUAAUGAUCAUGAGUUGCUACCCCUGCAAGGCGUUGUCCCUCUCGAGGGUAUGGAUCAAGAUAUGACAUUGGAGACCGCGGAUCAGGAUAUAACAUCGGAAGUCCCGAGCUUUUGGCUAGCCGCUCAGCAGUCUGACGAGUUUUACGAAUCACCCGACAAUCCGCGCCUACUCGACGCAGCGUGGGCUGGGAUGGACUUCCCCAUUGACACGAGACAAGAUCUGGUCAUGCAAAGUCCUACGCGACGGCCGUUUACGGGGCUCAUGGCUCCCCAGAAUGCAGCACAAGCCCAACACCCUAACUCAGAAUCCAUGCACAAUGUGUCGCUAACACCUGCACGUACCAUGCUGGAUGGCAUUAUUCGCGCAGACCUUGAUGGAAAGAACAGCAGUGCUCAUAACCCAUUGACUCAAGCACUCCCCAUCCAAACUGGACCACCUCACUUGCGGAUCUCUGCACGACAACGAUCCUCCGACGACAUCGAUGCGCACGCCGAUUCCAACACUACUUUUGACUGGCCGGCUGCUUAUACUCUCGAAAACAAGAAUGGUUAUUCAUACCAGGCCAUCGGCCUGUCCUGCGAGACUGACCCAUACGUACUUCGAUACUAUAAUUACGACAUGAACGACGCCUAUCGCAUGUUCCGGCUGGACUUCCGAAAAAUGGUGGACGACAGUCAUUCUCAACGAAGUACAAGUACUAAUCGAUGUCAACUACCAGUUGAUCCUGUACCAGUGCAGUUUAUGAUGGUAGAUGAGGAAAUAUGGAAAGACAGCCUCCAUGCGGCUGAGCAACUCUUCAAAGGCCCGAGUUCUUCUGCAGGUGACUCUGAACUGCUCGAUCGACUGGUUUCGCCGGAUUUGGGGAUCAAGCUGCUAAAGCUGUAUCUCCAGUUUGUCCAUCCCCGAUUCCCAGUUCUGUCUCUGCAAGAUAUCGAUAAUAUCAUGGACGAUGAAGACUACGUUGGAAUCAAAAGCGCCAUCUUCGCUCUUGCUGCACCAUUCACGUAUCUCGAUGAUGAACUCAGCGUCUCACGGGGAUAUGCUCAACUACCCACAGAGAAGUUCUGGGGUAUCACUCAAAGAAGUUAUCGCAGAUCGCUGGAAUCAUCAGGCCUUCCACUUCUGCAGCUUUGCUUGCUGUUGCUUCAGAUGCCUCCGCUCAAUUUCGCCGUUGCAGAGUCUCCACAUCCUUGGGCACUUGCUUGCUCUGCUGUAGCCAUUGCGGAGAGCCUGGGUCUGAAUCUGGAUCCAAGCGAGUGGCGACUGCCGAGGAGGGAAGUCCAGCUGCGAAAAAGGCUCUGGUGGUGGACAUUUAUCCAACAUACAUGGUUUGCUCUCGUCUUUGGGCGACCGUCUCAUCUCAACGAUGAUAAUUGGGACGUAUCACCGCUCAGCGUUGACGAUCUUGAAAAUGGAGACAAUCAGGAUCCGAUUAUCAACACUUCGAUCAUUGCACAACGUCCAUACUUACUGGCGCUGUGUGAGCUCAGCACGAUCGCUGCGGAUAUAUUGAAAGCAUUCUAUACACUGAAAGCAGCACGACAAGCAGUUGAUCUCACUACAUUGCUGGAGCGUGCCCAACCUCUACGUUUGCGUAUUCAGAAAUGGCGCGAAACUUUGCCGUCGCUCUCUAAAGGUGUUUCGGAGCUGAGCGACGAGGACUUGGACGACUGUGCUGACUUGCAUGUCCGAUAUCAGUUGAGCUAUAUCUCUGCCUUCAUCCUGAUCAAUUUCGCGCAGUCGCCCACCAAAGACGCCGCGGUCCAAAAUCAAGCCUUGCUAGGUAAGUGGAGAGACGGUCUACGCUCACAGGCCCGGGCUUGGCCACUCGCGAGACUCGCCACUAUGCGGCUAGACGCAGCCUUCUGGAGAAAGCUCUCAUCAGCCGUGUAUCACGCGGGGUCCGAUAGUCCAGCUGUCAAAUUACUGAAGGAGGAGGGCUCGCAGACCUCUGAAUAG